UUAUUUUAGGAAAGAAAAUUUUACCAAUUGAAAUAACUCAUCCUUGUACACACCUGCAGUACUAAUAUACAUUUUUCAUCACUCUUACGAGAACCAUUCUUUUUUUUAUUGUACUACUAGUAAACAUUUCUCUCUUGUAUGAAUUUCUAGCAUUUCUCAUUUCUUCAACCACCAUAUUGAUAAAAAAACAAUUAAAUCACACCAGAAUGUUGUCCAGUUCCACUUCCAUUUCAUUUACAAACUCAAAUUUAACAAUGCUUCUUUUAAUCUUCAUCACAAUUAAGUCUCUUAUAUUUGUAUCAUCUUCUUCUUCCGAUCUCAACUCCGACCGCGCUGCUCUUUUAUCCUUCCGGUCCGCGGUAGGUGGACGUACACAUCUCUGGAACACCAACAGUACCUCCCCAUGCAGCUGGGCUGGUGUACAAUGUGAAAACAACCGUGUCACUGUUAUCCGUCUACCAGCUUCUGCUCUUUCCGGCACUCUUCCAGUGAACACAUUUUCAAAUCUCACUCGUCUACGUACUCUCAGUCUCCGUCUUAACCGCCUUUCUGGUCUUCUACCUACUGAUCUUUCACAAUGUGUUGAGCUUCGUAAUGUUUAUCUCCAGGGUAACUUUUUUACCGGAGGUGUUUCUUCUUCCUUAUCCGGGCUGAACAAUUUAGUUCGGUUGAAUCUUGCUAACAAUAAACUUUCCGGAGAAAUUCCGUCCGUGUUUAACAAUUUGACAAGAUUGAGGACGCUUGUACUCGAGAGAAACCAGUUUUCUGGGUCUUUACCUGAGCUGAAGUUUGCUAAUCUCGAACAGUUCAAUGUGUCGUUCAAUAAACUGAAUGGAUUUAUUCCGAGAAGUUUAAUGGCAAUGCCUGCAAGUGCUUUUAUCGGAAAUUCACUCUGUGGAAAGCCUCUAAAUGUUUGUCCAGGAAAUAAAACCCAGCCUGCUAUAGCUACUGCUGGGGUUGAAAUUGGGAAUACGAAUAGCAGGAAAAAGAAGCUAUCUGGUGGAGCUAUUUCCGGGAUUGUAAUCGGGUCUUUUGCUGGAGUUUUUAUACUACUGUCGAUUUUGUUUGUGUUAGGUAGGAUGAGAAGUGAUGACAAAACAAGUUCUCGCGAUGUUGAGACAGUUAAGCAACCGGAAACAGAAGUUUUCGGGGUUGAGAAACCAGAAAAUGGAGGUGCAAAUAAUGGGAAUUCAGUGGCGGUGGCAGAAACAGCGGCGGCAUUGAGUAGUGGGGAUGAGAAUUGGGGAGAAAAUGGGGCUAAAAGGAAGCUUGUGUUUUUCGGAGAUUAUUAUAAAGUAUUUGAUUUGGAUGAUUUGUUGAGAGCAUCUGCAGAGGUUCUUGGAAAAGGGACAUUUGGAACAGCUUAUAAGGCAGUAUUGGAGAUAGGUACAAUUGUUGUUGUUAAGAGAUUGAAAGAUGUGGCAAUGUCUGAGAGGGAGUGUAAGGAGAAAAUUGAAGAAGUUGGAGCAAUGAAUCAUGAGAAUUUGGUGCCUCUUAGAGCUUAUUAUUUCAGUAGUGAGGAAAAACUUCUUGUCUUUGACUAUAUGCCAAUGGGGAGCUUGUCUGCACUUCUUCAUGGAAGCAAGGGGGCUGGCAGAACACCAUUGAAUUGGGAAAUCAGGUCCAGUAUUGCCCUCGGAGUUGCACGUGGCAUUGAAUACCUUCACUCUCAAGGUCCUGAUUUCUCCCAUGGCAAUAUCAAAUCAUCCAAUGUUCUUCUCACCAAAUCAUACGAAGCACGUGUCUCAGAUUUUGGUCUGGCUAACUUGGUUGGACCGCCAUCCUCUCCUACUCGAGUUGUAGGAUAUCGUGCUCCAGAGGUAACUGAUCCUCACAGGGUUUCCCAAAAGGCAGAUGUCUAUAGCUUUGGAGUAUUACUCUUGGAGCUUCUUACUGGAAAAGCACCUAGUCAUGCCCUCUUAAAUGAAGAAGGUGUUGACUUGCCAAGGUGGGUUCAAUCUGUCGUUCGCGAAGAAUGGCCUUCUGAGGUUUUUGAUAUUGAACUCCUCAGGUACCAGACUGCUGAAGAAGAGAUGGUCCAACUCUUGCAGCUAGCAAUAGACUGUACAGCUCAAUAUCCUGAUAGCCGUCCUUCAAUGGCCGAUAUCUCCAAACAGAUUGAAGAUAUUCGACGUUCAACCUCUCAUGACAAACAUGAACACUCUAAUCUUGCCAAUGCAACAGAGUGAAAUGGUCAUAAUUAUUCCUAAGAGAUGUGCAGUAAUUAAGCUAAACUCAGAUUCAUCACCAAUAUACUGAGCCAAUUUUUAAGUGUAUGGAACGUGUUUGUUGGAGGAGGGGUGUCUCAUUAGCAGAUCAUGGACCAUUAGUAGUUGCCUCUUUCAUUUUCCUUUGGAUGGGGGGGGGGGGCAAUAUCUGUACCGUUUAUUCUUGUUGAAUGUAUAAUGCUCUCUGUAAUUAUUACUGCUUCAGCUUUUACU